UAAUCUUCUGUCUCUUCAGCUUCUUCAUUUCCUGUUUCUUACCUGCAAACAAGUAACGCAAACACUUUGUGGUGCCUGAAAACUUAGCUCUACUUCUCAGAUCAACCAUCAACUUGUACUUGUACAUGUUCUAAACCUUCCCUUUAUUUAUAAUUGUCUAUUGCUUCAGAUUGCUUUUCUAUUAUUUUCCCUUAUCAAUUCUCUAUCGUUUUAUUAGAUCUGUUUUAUACUCAGUAUCAAUAAAUUUCGUUUAAAAAAAAAAAAGAAAAGAAAUUAGCUUUGUUCUCAACUUCUCUUAAUCGUAUUACUCGUAGUGAUCUGUUUCCUUCAAGCUAGACUACAUUCAUUGAGGGUUUGCUCUUAAAUACUUUGGCUUUGAUAGUUGUUUCCCAGUUUGUUUAUUAAUCUUUUCUCUUAAUUGUUUGCUGAAUUAUUUUGUCAUAUAAUAUUGUCCACUUCUUUUUCUUUCAUUUCCCUUGCUUCCUAAGUGCCCUUUAAUUGUAGCUCUACUUGAAAAGAUUUAUUAAAAAAAAAAAAAAAGAGAGAGAGAGUGUGUGUGUCUGUACAAGUAUUUAUCAGCAAUGGCUGAGGAAAUAGUCAGAAGUACUGCCGCGGAACUUGCAUCAAAAGCUACAGAGUCGGCAUAUGAUUUGCUUAAACAGCAGAUAUCAUAUGUGUUCAAGUCCCAGAGCUACAUCAACAACCUCAAGGAUCAAGUUCAGGAGCUCAGAAUGAAAAAAGAAAGAGUGGAGAAAUCUGUGGAGUCCGCUGAAAGACAGGGGGAAGAGAUUCAUAACGAUGUUAAGAAUUGGCUGCGUGCUGCAGAUGAUUUCACUGAAAGGGAAGCAAAAGCCAUCAUUGAGGAUGGAGAUAAAGCAAACAAGGGCAGCUGUUUAAAACUGAAGUCUUGUCCUAAUUUGAUUCAACAAUACAAGCUUGGAAAGGAAGCAGUGAAAGCGGCAGUGACUGGGGCCAAUCUGUUGGGGAAAGGCAACUUCAGUAGUGUUUCCUACCGUCCUGCUCUACAGAGGACAGAAUCCAUGUAUGUCAGAGGCUACGAGGCCUUUGAUUCUAGAAAGCAACUUUUGCAAGAGAUCAUGGACACAUUGAAGGAUGGUAAUGUAAACAUGAUUGGGGUGCAUGGGAUGGGAGGUGUGGGCAAAACAACACUGGUCAAAAAAGUAGCUUGGCAGGCGAAGGAAGACAAGUUAUUUAAUGAGGUGGCCAUUGCUGAGGUGACACAAACCCCAGACUACAAAAAAAUUCAAGAGAAGCUUGCUUCCGAUUUAGGCUUGGAAUUUAAGCAGGAGAGUGAAUAUCACAGAGCUAGUCUACUACGUCACAGGAUAAAGAGGGAGAAGAGUUUACUUAUAAUAUUGGAUAAUAUUUGGACUAAACUUGACUUGGAUGCAAUUGGAAUUCCUUUCGAGGAUGCUGAGAAAGAAAGAAAAGAUGAUAAGAUCAGGCCAUGCACAAUAUUGUUUACUUCUAGAAAUCGGGAUUUAUUAAGCAAAGAUAUGAAAACUAAGAAGAACAUCUUUGUUGACACUUUAUCUUACGGAGACGCAUGGAAUUUGUUUCAGAAGAUUGUGGGUGAUUCUGCAGAAAACUCUGAUUUUCAUCCUGUGGCAGUUGAGAUUGUUAGAAAAUGUGCAGGUUUACCGGUUGCGAUUUCAACAAUUGCAAAUGCUUUAAAAAAUGAGAGUCUUCAGGCUUGGGAGGAUGCCUUGGCUCAACUAAAAAGGUCUAAUCCAAAACGUGUUCUAGAAGUGGAUGAAACUUUGUAUUCUACUAUUGAGCUGAGUUACAAUUUUCUAAAAAUUGAAGAAGCUAAAUCACUAUUUCUUCUUUGUGCUCUAAAAGAUGCUGGUAGUAGCAUGUUCGUUGAUGACCUAUUAAAAUAUAGUAUGGGUUUGAAUUUGUUUGGAGAUGUAUAUACAUUGGAAGAGGGAAGGAAUAGAUUGCACAGGUUGAUAAAUCAUCUCAAAGCUUCUUGUUUGUUGUUGGACAGUGACGAUGGCCAUGCAGUUAAAAUGCAUGAUAUUAUUCAUGCUGUUGCCAUAUCGAUUGCAUCAACAGAGAAAUUCAUGUUUAAUAUUCAAAAUGUCACCGGCUUGAAAGAAGUACUAGGGGAGAAAAUAUCAAAAGAUUCAACCGCUAUUUCUCUACCUUAUAGAGAUAUUUAUGACGAGCUUCCUCAACGGUUAGAGUUUCCGAAACUGAAAUUGUUCUUUCUAUUUACAAAAAAUCGCUCAUUACAAAUCCCAGAUACUUUUUUCGAAGAAAUUAAAGAACUUACGGUUUUAGAUCUUACCGGAUUUUUUUUCUUUUCAUUACCUUUAUCUCUUUCCUACCUAAAAAACCUUAAAACACUGUGUCUGGACAACUGCCUGUUGGAGGAUCUAAGAAUUCUGGGAGAGCUAAGUAAAUUAGAAAUUCUUAGCCUUCUCGACUCUCACAUUGAACAAUUGCCUGUAGAAAUCGGACAAUUGACUCGUUUGAAGUUAUUAGAUUUGAGCAAUUGUUUAAACCUUAAAUACAUUGCACCAAAUGUUAUCUCCUGCUUGUCUCAAUUAGAAGAACUAUACAUGGGCAACAACUUCGUUCAAUGGGAAGUUGAAGGAGUAGCUAAUCAAGGACAACGAAAUGCUAGUCUUGAAGAGUUAAAGCUGUUGUCUAACCUAACAACUUUACAUCUUCAUGUUCAAGAUGCUCAAGUUAUGCCACAAGACUUGUUCUUCGAGAAAUUGAAAAGUUAUAAAAUAUUUAUAGGCGAUAAAUGGAAGUGGUCUGGUAAAUAUGACAUUUCAACUUUAAGAACGUUCAAACUAAAGAUAAGUGAUAAUGUUUAUUUGGGGCAAGGAAUUAAAAGUUUGUUGAAGAUGGCUGAAGAUCUCUUUCUUGAGGAAAUGAAUGGAGUUAGAUAUGUUCUUGAUGAACUCAAUGAGGAUGGUUUUCCACAUUUAAAGCAUCUACAUGUAAAGGACGGUCUUGACAUUUUGUAUAUCAUUAACUCAGUUGCUUGGAAACUAGCCUUUCCUAAGUUGGAGUCCUUGAUCCUUUGUAAUUUGAUUAAAUUGGAGAAGAUAUGUCAUGGUCAACUCAAUGUAGUGUCUUUCAACAAAUUAAGGAUCAUAAAAAUAGAAAAAUGUGAUAGACUGGAAUAUCUCUUUGCAUCCUUCAUUGCAAAAAACCUUAUGCAGCUACAAGAAGUUGAAGCGAUUGAUUGUAAAAAGCUAAAAGAGAUUUUUGUUGGAGAAAGUAAAGAAAUAAAUAACGAGAUUGAGUUCAAUCAAUUGAGCUCUCUGACACUACAAGAUCUAUCUGAAUUCAUAAAUAUCAGCUUUGGCAUGAGGGUUGUCCUUCCAAGAUUGGAGAACUUGAAAUUGUGUUCAAUUAAUUUUGGGAAUACAUGGCUUGGUCAACACCUAGCAAUGUUUUCUUAUGGUCAAUGCUUAAAAAGCUUGACCGUGGCAGAGUGUAAUGGCUUGAAAUUUUUGUUUUCAUCAUCUAUGGUCAAAAGUCUUAAUCAACUCCAAAAGCUUGUAGUAAGCAAUUGUGAGUUAAUGGAAGUAAUAAUCGACUCAAAAGGAGUAGGAGGAGAAAUGAUAAUUGAUGUGAGUUUCUCUAACCUAUUGUACAUGAAGCUUGAACUCCUGCCAGAACUCACGAGUUUUGGCACAGGGAAUUCAAUUGAAUUCCCCUCCUUAAAAGAACUUCACAUUGAGCAUUGCUCUAAUUUGAAGACAUUCUUUAGCAAAUCUUUUUAUCCAAACACAGUGAGAGAAGAAGUAAGCUCGGAUAACUACUUUAUUGAUAUAAUUCCGCUCUUUGACGAAAAGGUUGCUUUUCCAAGGUUGGAAGAGAUGGUGCUCUUGCAUUUGGAUAACUUGCAGUUGAUUUGGCACAACAAAAAGCUCUUUGUGGAAUCCUUUUGCAAACUGAAAGCAGUGAGAGUGGAAUCUUGUGAAAAGUUAUUAGCUAUUGUUCCAUCUAAUACUCGAGGACAUCUCACUUUUCAAAGUCUAGAGAUGUUGACUGUUAAAAAUUGUUGGAAUAUGAAAAGUCUCAUUCCAGUUUCUGCAGCUACUGGUCUUGUGCAACUUGAAGUGCUUUAUAUAAUAUCUUGCGGACUGGAGGAAAUUAUUUCUGAGGAGGAAGUUAAUGGGGCCCCUACUUUUUUGUUUCCUCAAUUGAAAGGAAUCUACCUUUACAAUUUACCAAAACUCAAGUGUUUCUAUCCGCGGUUGCAUGCAAUAGACUGGCCAAUGCUAAGAAGUUUGUAUGUGUUUGAUUGCAGGAAGAUAAAAUUAUAUGCUUCAAACUUUCUUAGCUUUCAAGACAGAGACAGGGAGAGUCAACCUAGCCUCUUUUUGUUAGAAAAGGUCAUACCAAAUUUGGAAGCGUUAGGUUUGGACGCUCAUGACUUCAGAUUGACAUUCCUCCACAGUGAUCAAGCUAAGAGCAUUGGCAAACUUAAAUUGCUUCAGCUUCGGAACUUUGAUGAUGAAUUUGUUGCUUCUGUGUUUGUUUUCCUUCAAAGGUUAAAUUGUUUGGAAACACUUGAUUUUAGUUUUAAUAGUUUCAAAGAGCUAUUCCCCUAUGAAAAGAGACAUAUAUGGAAACAAGAUUUUCGAGGGGAUACAAUUCUUCAAAAUCUCCAAACUCUAGAAGUAUGGCAUUGUCAUUGUUUGACUAUUUUAGCGCCAUCUGCAACGAAUUUCAAUAAUCUUGAAACUCUACAGGUAUGCAAUUGCAAUGGAUUAGACAAGGUCCUAACAUGUGAAACAGUCAAAACUCUCGUCAAUAUGAAAAAACUAAUAAUAAGAGACUACAAGUUAGUGACAAAGAUUAUAACAAACGAGGGAGAUAAAGAAGAAGAGAUUGUAUUCAAAAAAUUGAAAAUUUUGGAGCUUUAUUGUUUAUCAGGCCUCUCAUGCUUCUGCUCAGCCAAUUAUUCCUUCAAAUUUCCCUGUUUAGAGUUGGUUACUAUAUGUCAGAGUCCAAGAUUGAACUUCUUUUCUCGGGGAGUGUUAAGUACACCAUUACUAAAAAAAGUACUAUUGACAAAAGGAGAUGAUAAAGAAGAAUAUUUUUGGAAAGAUGAUCUCAAUUCUACUAUCCAACAAAUAUUUGCAAAUAUGGUUGGCUUUUGUGGCUUUGAAUAUUUGACACUAUCCGAAUUCCCCUACUUGAAAGAAAAAAUAUGGAAUUGCCAAUUACCAUUCGACUUAUUCUGGAAUUUAAAGUCUUUAGUGGUGGACAAAUGUUCGGAUAUAUCAAGUGGUAUUCCACCCAAUGUGUUAUGCUACUUCAAAAAUCUAGAAUUGUUGUACGUAGAAAGUUGUGAGUCAUUAGAACAAGUGUUUGAUGUGGAGGAAAAUCAUCAAGAAAUUCUGGGCUUAAAGAAAUUGAAAUCAUUGAAAAUUAACAAUUGCAACAACUUGAGAUACAUAUUUACUCAUUCCAUACUGUUAUGUCUUGUUCAACUCCAAGAGAUAGAGGCGAAAAAUUGUGCUUUGAUCAAAGAAGUCAUCAAAAAGGAAGGGGAAAAAGACCGAGUGAGUGAUAAAAUUGUAAUCCCUCGAUUAAACUCUGUUACGCUUGAGUUAUUGCCUAACUUGACAAGCUUCUAUUCUGGAAGUAGUAUUUUGGAAUGUCCUCCCUUGAAAACUAUCAUCAUUAAGGACUGUCAAAAGGUCCAAAUGAAGGAGUUUAGUAUUCAUCUUUCAUCAUUUUUCACUGAAAAGGUUGAAUUACCCACCUUGGGAUCAUCUUCUUGCUUCCAGAAUUUAACAAUCUUGGUCAUCGAUGGCUUUGAUCAAUUAAAAUAUUUAUUCCCAUCAUAUACAUUGAAAAGUUUUUUCAAAUUGAAGGAGCUUGAGAUAUCUAAUUGUAUGUUCAUGGAAAGAGUAAUUGAUGCAGAUGAAGGGAGAACAAGAACAAUGUUGUUUCCUAAAUUAUACCAGUUGAAGCUUAGAGAUCUUCCAAGACUCACAACGUUUUGCAACUCCACUGCAAAUUUUGUUGAAAUGUCCUCCUUAUUCAGACUCUGGAUUGACAAUUGCCCGGGUAUUCAAACAUUCAUCUCCAGUUCUGUGUGCGGUGAAAUGACAUUAUCAAGAAAAGAACCUGAAGGAACGAGUGCAAAGGAGAACUCCACUCACAUUCAGUCUCUUUUUGAUAAGAAGGUAAGACUCCCUAGUUUGGAGAGAUUGAAAAUCACUUAUGCUGAUCAUUUGGUAAAAUUAUGGAAUGAUGAGGUCUGUUUGGAUUCCUUCUGCAAAUUAAAUCGUGUGUUUUUACACUUUUGUAAAAGACUUGUAAGUGUUUUUCCAUCUAACAUGCUUGGGAGUCACCAGAAACUAGAAUAUUUGGAAGUAGAAAACUGUGAUUCAGUUGAAGAGAUAUUUGAAAUACUUGAGAAAAACUCUGGCAUGGUGGAGGAAAUUGUUCCCAAGGAAGAAGCAAUCCCUAGGUUUGUGUUUUCUAAAUUAACCUGGUUGAAUUUACAGAUGCUACCAAGUCUCAAAAGUUUCUACCCGGAGAUACAUAUUUCAGAAUGGCCAGAUUUAAAAGUGUUGAAAGUGCAUGGAUGUAAUAACGUGAGGAUCCUUGCUUCAGAAUUAUUGAGCACCCGAGAGAGUCAUGGCUACAGUGAAGAAACACUGUUCUUUGUUUACAAGGAUGCAUUCCCUAGCUUGGAAGAACUAGAAUUAUGUGAAAUGCCCAGGUUACUGCAUCUGUGGAAAGGAAUUUCUCAGCCGAGCAAUGCUUUUCAAAAUCUCGAGACUCUAAAACUGUCAGAAUGUGGCAGUUUAGAAAAUUCAUGGUCCUCAUUGGUGUCUUUCCAGAAGUUGGAAACUCUUCAAGUUUCUAAGUGUGAUGGAUUGAGAUAUUUACUGACCCCCUCAAAAGCUAAAACUCUGGGUAGACUUACUAGAAUGAAUGUAUCUGAUUGCCAAAUGAUGGAGGAAAUUAUAACACGUUUGGGAGGUGAAGUAAUAGAAAAUUCAAUUGUUUUCUGCAAAUUGGAUCAUUUGGAACUUCACUGUUUGGCCAGCCUUAAAGGCUUCUGUUGUGGGGAUUAUACUCUGGAAUUCCCAUCCUUGAAAAAAGUAGUAGUCAGAAAGUGCUUGGAGAUGGAGACUUUUUGUCAUGGAUUUUUAAGCACACCAAAGCUCCAAAGACUACAGUUUACAGAAGGAGAGGAUGAAGUAGAAGAAUAUUGGAAAGGCAAUCUUAAUUCCACCAUACAAUAUUUAUUCAAAAAUAUGAAUGUGCGAAGCUCCAAAGAAUAUUGAGGCCAUUCCUUCAAUACUUUGUGAUAGAUCGCCGCUCUAUUUCCUCCAGGUGAAAAGGGACUUUGUUACUGCCACUUUUUAGCUGAUUUUAUCCUGACAUUUUGUUGAAGGAGCUGGAUCCUUCUGGAGACGAAGUCAAUUGUUGAGCACCUGUUACGAGUACUGUAUCAAUGUAAAAGGACUGUAUAUUGCUAAUUUGUGGAAUGAAUGUAAUCGACGAACUAAUGGAUUGUAAUCAGCAGAAUUAUAUGAAUAAAUGUCAUGGCUGCUUUAUUGAA